UGGGGUGGGGGCGCGCCGGGCUGGGGCAGUAGCCGUUGGCGGCCGUUGUUCUCGGGCUCGCGCUCGCUCGCUCGCCGCGAUGCCGCUGGAGUUCGAGCUGUGCCCGGGCCGGCGGGUCGGGGGGGCCCAGCCCUGCUUCAUCGUCGCCGAGAUCGGCCAGAACCACCAGGGGGACCUCGCCGUCGCCAAGCAGAUGAUCCGCAUGGUCAAGGAGUGUGGAGCAGACUGUGCCAAGUUCCAAAAGAGUGAACUGGAGCACAAAUUUAACAAGAAAGCCCUGGAGAGGCCCUAUACCUCCAAACACUCCUGGGGAAAGACUUAUGGAGAGCACAAGCGCCACCUGGAGUUCAGUCAUGACCAGUAUCGAGAGCUACAGAAGUAUGCAAAGGAGAUAGGCAUCUACUUCACAGCCUCUGGCAUGGAUGAGAUGGCGGUCGAGUUUCUGCAUGAACUGGAUGUUCCAUUUUUUAAAGUAGGAUCAGGGGACACUAACAAUUUUCCAUAUUUGGAAAAAACAGCAAAGAAAGGUCGUCCAAUGGUAAUUUCCAGUGGGAUGCAGUCAAUGGACACAAUGCACAAGGUUUAUCAGCUUGUGAAACCGAUCAAUCCCAACUUCUGCAUUCUCCAGUGCACCAGUGCUUACCCUCUUCAGCCUGAAGAUGUCAACCUCCGUGUGAUAACGGCUUAUCAGUCAGCCUUUCCAGAUAUCCCCAUUGGCUAUUCUGGACAUGAGACUGGCAUAGCCAUUUCAGUAGCAGCAGUUGCUAUGGGUGCUAAAGUAUUGGAACGCCAUGUGACUUUGGACAAAACAUGGAAAGGAAAUGAUCACCAGGCAUCCCUGGAGCCGAAUGAACUGGCAGAAUUAGUGAGAACAAUCCGUUUGGUGGAAAGAGCAAUGGGGUCUCCAGUAAAACAGCUCUUGCCCUGUGAAAUGGCCUGUAAUGAAAAGCUGGGGAAGUCUGUGGUGGCAAAAGUGACUAUCCCUGAAGGUACGGUGCUGGCUCUUGACAUGCUCACAGUGAAGGUAGGAGAACCUAAAGGAUACCUCCCAGAAGAAAUUUUUGAUCUGGUUGGCAAAAAGGUCAAAAUAAACAUUGAAGAAGAUGAAACAAUCACUGAGGAUGCAAUAGAAAAUCAUGUUAAAAAAGUGAAAUGCUAAAUGUAAGCAUUCACAUCUGUAUUAUUCAUAACAUGCUGUGCAGGACAAUACUGCAGCCAUACUCUUUGGAAUUAAUAGCAUGGUAGAUUAAAAAUGAAGGGAUUUAGGUAUGAGAAUCUGAACAGAAUUUCUAUUUCAUGUUGGCAAGAAUAUUUUCUGCGAACUCACAUGAAAUUAUGAACCCAGUUUUAUUAAAGUUGUGUAAUAUUGCGUUAAAAAAGGAUAUAAUCACCAAAGAGCCCGUUCAGAAGUGUCUUGUUUGCUGCUCAUUGUCAGGAUAUCACAGUAAUGGUUAGUUGGGUGAGAAGAUGUGUGUGGGUUUAUUUCAGUGAACAGUAAGUACUGGUUCCUUUUGGGAUGAUCUAGAUCUAAGCUGUCAAUAUGCGCAUACCAAUCUCAGUUGCACUAUCCUAGCAGAAACUUCUCUCAUUAGACAAUUAUGCAGUAAAUAUUCCUGGUGGCCAUUUUUUUUCUUAUAAACACCUUUCAAUCAGAUCGUCUGAUGCUAGAGACUGGAUUACAUAAGAAUGGCCAGACUGAAGGUGAACCUAACAGGUAAUGACGACGUGAACUCUCUCCUGCCAUCCAUUC